GCUAUUGCCCGACACCGGAUCUAAUUCUGUACUUUGCAGAUAAAAGGAAUUUUUUUUUAACUUUUCAUUCAGCGGUCCAGCUUACGCAAGUGCUGAGCUUCACACGAAAAGGAAAGUACCUCAUGCUGAGGGUUUGUGUCAGUUUCAGUACUCUUUUCUGCUCAGAAUAUGUUAAGUGUAAACUACCCAUUCUGAUUUUUGUGGUUGCCGGUUAUAGUAGGAAACAGUUCUGCCCGGUUUGCGGUGGGGCGAGGGUUCAUUUACGUGGUGGCUGCUUAGCCCUGCUGCGAGGCCUUGUAAAAGCCUCAGCAGAACGGGGAAUCGACUCCAAAGGCCGUGAACUGCUAAGGAGGAAGAUUUUCCUGACCGUUUGUUUGAACUUUGAGCAAACAAAACGAGAAAAGAAAAAGCUGUGAUUUGGGUUUUUUUCCCCUGCUGAGUGGUACAGGAACUUAGGACGACUCACUGUAUGGGGCCUAAAUUAAAUAGACAAGUUCUUGGUGCUUCCUCUAGCUCAGCCCCUUCAGCUCCAUAAAAUAGCUUAUGGCAGAGCUUGACUCGCCAGGUCGUUCUUCAGGCUGCUUCCCGUCAGUUGCAGAAUUGAGGGUUGGUUUUUUCCCAGAGUACGCUCAUCUUUUAGUUUCCGAGUCCUUCUCCUCGGCAGCCAGUGCUUGGGUUUUUUUCAUUUUGUGUCCAAAGUAUUUUGGGUAAUUGCCCUGUGUUCAGGCUGGAGUAUCACACUUCCUGACUUCAUUUACAACCGUUUGUAUGCUGACUCAGUGAGCGCACAAACCUCUCUUAUGCAAGUAGAGUAACUUACAUUGAUUGGAAGGGGAUGUGAAACGAAGCCCAAAAGUUAGAAAGAGGUUUUGAUGGCAAAUGCGUACGGCGAUGACUUUUUGGUUUUUCAGAACUCCUGGAUUUUCGUUUCCAAGUAGCUUGAUCUCCCUGGCGCAGUUGCUCCAACUUCAUGCCACCGUGGCUUUGUCCUGCUCAGCUCUUUUCCAUUGUCCGGGAUGCCCCACAAACUGCUGCCUCCGACACGGAGGUGUAUGUUUUCAUGUCUUACAAGUUGCUGGGCGAAGCCCUUAAUUACAGCUGGCCCUUGCAGAGGGGGAGGAAAACACAGUGAAACCAAAAUGUGGUAGGGAAGGUAACGGGGAAGUAUUUGUGCCUCCGGUACACCUUUCCCUGCAGCCGGGUUUCCUUACGUAACCCCAGUGCUUCUGGAAGUUGGAAAGAUGCGCACGUUUAAACGGCACAGAGACAGGGACGUGAGUCAGUGCUGUCCCCUUUCUGACUGAAAGAGUUAUCCAAAGCCUAGGGCCUUGCUGGUAGUUUAUCAGAGUGCGUAUCUAUGCUGUGGAGCCCACAGCAGCGAGCACUUGGAGCCUGUGAACGCCUAGGUCUCUGUCAGUGAUCUUACAUUUAAUGGAAGGAGCAUCCGACUGCCGAGACAGUACACAGGUCUCAUGGAAGCCUGCUUGUUUACAGCAACUGUGCAAGGACCCGAUUCUUGCAGCUGCUGGUGGCCCGGGAAAAGCAGUUUUGCUGCUGUUGGUAACAGACCACAGUCCUUAUGCUAACUUUGUGAGGCCAGAGGACCAGGCUCUACAGGGCUUGUUGGGAGAACUGACUUUGUGAAAAGAAGCUUUGCAAGGGUGUCUCAUGUUACAAUGUGUGGUUCGAGUACCAGGUAAUAGCAAAGGCCUUGAAAACGUGGGUGUGGGUUAAAGAGCAUCCGCAAGGCUAUAAAGAAUUCCGCAGUAGUCAGUUCCCGGCCAUAGAAGUACAGCCUUGACACCUGAGAAAAACUGGUAUCAUAAAGAGAAAAAAGAGGAAGAAGCCAAGCAAGAAAAAAGUUGAGCAACAGGGUAAUACGCGCUGGGAUAACCCCAGGCGUGGGGCGAGCACGGGGUGAGGAUGGCCUGUCGUGACAUCCCCCGGCGAUGGACGGCGGUGCCCCCGAGUGAUGGCUUCUGAGGUCACCGAGGAAUGGACUGUGAUGUCCCCGAGCGAUGGAUUGUUACCACGCGUCCCUCCCUGCUUGAAUUCGGGCACCGAGCCUCAGCCAGCCGGCUCGUGCCCACACUCCAGCUGAGCGGGUUCGCGAGGUUUGGAGUGUCGAGCGAGGCCUUUGUUGAGCAAGUGCUGGUGUUGGGCUCGGGCAGUUGUUUUUUGCAGCUCUCCGUGCCCAACCUCAGAGCCGUCCAAGGAUUUUGCCCGGCCCUGCCAGGUUCAGGCAGCCGGGGCACCCAGGAGGCACGCUCGCAGCAGCAGAGCGUGACACCCGCUGCUGCAGCGCCGGUGACAGGGAGCAGCUCAACGUCCCCAGCUCCCCCCAGCCCACCGCAGCACGUGGGGACCAUGGCCGUGGAGCUGGACAACCGCUGUCCCAUCUGCCUGGACAGCUGGGAGGAGGCCAGCUACGUGAUGCCGUGCCUCCACCAAUUCUGCUAUGCGUGCAUCCUGCGGUGGGCUGAGAGCAAGCCCGAGUGCCCCCUCUGCAAGAGGAACGUCACCUCCAUCUUGCACUCGGUGCAGGCGGACGACAACUUCAAGGAGCACGUUGUCGCACCACCUCCAGUACCACCAGUUGCCGUCCACCGGGCAGGAGGUGCUCCUGGCCAUCCAGCCGCCCACAAUCAGCCAUCAGCUGCACAGCCGCUGCCCGGGGCUCCUGUGGGCAGCCUCCAUCCCCACGUCUGGGCAUCCCUCUUCCGAGAGGACCCAGCUCUGCUCCGGCCCGUGAUGCUCUGGCUGCGACAGGAGCUGUGGCUCUUCUUCGAGGGUGGCCGCUGGGAAACAGCUGCAGCGCGGAGGCUCGUCCUGUCCAGCCUGCACGUCUUCGGCCUGGACGAGGAAACCCUGUUCCAGCUGCUGCAGGGUGCCCUGGGCGACUACACGAGGACCUUUGUGCGCCAGCUGAUCGACACCGUCGUGGAGCGGUGCGGCGGGGAGGCACGACGCCGGACGGGCCUGGAGGACGCCCGUGCUGCCGAGGAGCGGGAGGGCAGCCCUGCGGCUGCCCCCGGCCCCGCUGCCUCCCAAAGGGGGUCUCCUGCUCCCAGCCCAGCCCCCUCCAGCAGCCGUGGCACAGCCGAGGCAGAAGAGCUCCCCAGCACCUCAGCGGCUGCCCUUCGUGGGGCUCCUGGCAGCCCUCCCUCUGCCCCUGUUCCCACCCACAGGGAGCACGACGAGCCACAGGAGGACCCAGAGGAGGCUGUGCCCGGGCCCUCCGCUCCCAGCCAGGGCAGCGAACUCUCCCCUGGGGGACGCCGGAGAGCCCCAAAGAGGAGGGCUGGCAGCCCUCGGGCCUCGUCACCUCCGAACAAGAGGCCACCCCACCGGCCACAGUAGGAGGGUGCCCCAGGAGCUGGCGACACCAGGGACGGGCCAGCAGCUGGGGCACCCACCAGCCUCCCAAAGGGACCCGGAGACGGUCAUUAGUAGCCUAGCGCUAAUGAUCAAAUCCUACAAUAAACGCAUGAAAAGU